ACAUUUUAUUGCAGUGGAGAUAAAGUGGCUGGGAAGAUCUUGGUUGAGGUGUCGGAAGUAACCAGGGUGAUGGCCAUGCGGGUCCUGGGAGUCGGAUGCGCUAAAGUGGAGUACGCGAAAGGCAAACAGAGAUGCCGUGAAGAAAUCAAUUAUUUGAAGUAUGAAGAGGUUGUCCACCUGGAUGAUCAUCUUGCAUAUACAGAUGGUUCAUUUGUUCUCCGUCCAGGCAACAAAUAUGAAUACUCAUUUGGAUUUGAGCUGCCUCGACAAGGGCAACUGGUGUCAUCCUACAAGGGCAAGUUAGGGUAUGUUCAGUACUUUGUGAAGGCUCUGUUGGAAAGACCCUCUCAGCCUGCCCUAGAGUGCAAGAAACACUUUGAGGUUGAGGAACCCAUAGAUGUGAAUACCCCAGAUCUACUGUCCCCUAAUGGAGGCAUGAAGGAGAAGAAAGUCAGCUGCAUGUUUAUCCCUGAUGGCCAAGUGUCUUUAAAUGCCAAGAUUGACAGGCGUGGCUUCUGUGAGGGGGAAGACAUCUGCAUCAAUGCUAAAUUUGAGAACACCUGCUCUCGCAUCGUGGUACCCAAAGCGGCAAUUGUCGCCAAGCAGACCUACCAGGCCAAUGGCCGCACCAAGGUCUUCAGGCAGAAAUUGUCUGCGGUGCGUGGUAACCACAUUAUCUCUGGCAUGUGUGAUGCCUGGCAGGGGAAGACCAUUCGUGUGCCCAAGAUCAAGCCCUCCAUUUUGGGCUGCAAUAUUAUUCGAGUAGAAUAUGUGCUCAUGAUUUACAUGCACAUCCCAGGCAGUGAUAAGUUGGUUCUGGAGCUGCCUCUGGUCAUUGGCACAGUCCCUUACAAUGGUUUUGGUAGCCGCACGAAUAGCAUGAGUAGCCAGGAUGGUUCUGUGAGCACAUCGUCGGCUAGCUGGGUGUCCUUACGGAUGCCUUCAUCUGCCCCACCCAGCUACUGUGAUGUCACACGUGAUUGCAGCCUGGAACAGCCACUCACACCUCUGUUGGAUGAUUAUGAUGGUGGAGACAGUCCCAUCUUUAUGAAUGCACCCCAAUUUCAGUUCCCCCCACUCCCUGCCUAUUCUGAGGUGGAGGAAGAGUACAAUUGUAAUGCACGGAUGCUUCCUGUCUGUUGAACCAUCCCAGCAAUGCUUGAACCGAAUUUAUUGCACAUUAUAAAAGGGCUUUUUUCACACUCUAAGCAAUUCAGGCUUUCACCAUGUGGAUCAGAGGCGUAAUGGAAGUAAUGAGGCCGAGAAUUUGGGGAACAAGUUUCCAUGAAGGAUGAACUCGUUGACUUUCAGAAGAUGAUGUGACGUUUGAUCGUCCUAUCGUGUCUACAUAGCUGACAGGCACAUUAUAUCAUGCAAAAGUGUCAUGUUUUCUGUCAGACUGAUUUUGCUUUAGGGCCUGAAAAAGAGCAUGUAGGCUGUUUGGCAUGGUGGAUUUUACUGUGUAUAAGCCACUCCUUGACAUGAGAUUACUGCUGAAGUGUAAAGUGAUUGUACUGCAUUUUAGUCCUUUAGUCAAACCUAUAAUUUCCCAAAUGGUGGGCGAUGUACUUUCCAGUACUUCCCAACAUUCAUUUGUAUUUAGAUACGUGAUUUGUUGAUUUCUCUACCAUUCCAUUGCCAGUCAUAUGUUUUUGUGAGGAUAAAAUAUUUUAUUAAUUCAUUAUUCAAUUUAUUUGUCUACUGAAAUGUUAAAACAAAAUUGGUAUAUUGAUUUUUUCAUCAAGGUUUUUUGAGGGGAAAAUCAUGCAGUGUUGUGGCUAUUUUUAUCUACUUUAAUGCACUUUUAAGGAAUGCAAGUUAUCUUGUCUUCCGAACUUGCUCUUAUAUUGGAUAUACAGUGAUCAGGUGGCUUGUGUGUUCAUCUGAAGACUAUGGUAUAACACUGAAAACCUCAACUGAUGUGUUUUCUCAUCCACUAUGGACUUUAGGCCAAAGUAUAACUCUACAAGUGCCAAAUGGGGUCUCUUUAGUGCUGACAAUGUUCGUUUGUGAGACCAGUUGCUGCACUUGCAAUAUCUGAAGAUGUUUUGAUCAACAUUUCACGUUUUUGUGUUGUUUCUCAUUGAUUUUAAAAGUUGUUGUAAACUUUGUGCACAUGUUCAAAGUAUCCUUUGUAUCUAAGUUAAAGAAGUGUGUUUUUUAUAAAACCCUGAGAGUGUAUUUUGAAUAAAAGUUUAAAAUGUCA